AUGGUUUCCGCCGAAGUGGCUCGCAACAUCGUCGGCAUCAUCGGCAAUGUCAUCUCGUUCGGCCUCUUCCUGUCCCCUGCGCCGACCUUCUGGCGGAUCAUCAAGGCAAAGGACGUGGAGGAGUUCAAGCCGGACCCCUACCUGGCGACGCUGCUCAACUGCAUGCUCUGGUGCUUCUACGGCCUCCCCAUCGUCCACCCCAACAGCAUCCUCGUCCUCACCAUCAACGGCAUCGGCCUCAUCAUCGAGAGUAUCUACCUCGUACUCUUCUUCAUCUACGCCGCCAGAAACACAAGGGUACGUUACAUGCUCGGCGUGCUCGCCAUCGAGGUGGCGUUCGUCGCCGCUGUGGUGGCCGGUGUGCUCCUCGGCGCCCACACCCAUGAGAAGCGCUCCAUGAUUGUCGGCAUCCUCUGUGUCAUCUUCGGCUCGGUCAUGUACGCCUCGCCGCUCACGAUCAUGGGUAAAGUGAUCAGUACCAAGAGUGUGGAGUACAUGCCGUUCUUCCUGUCCCUAGUCAACUUCCUCAACGGCAGCUGCUGGUUGACCUAUGCGCUCAUCAAGUUCGAUCUAUACAUCACGAUCCCCAAUGGCCUCGGUGCAGUGUUCGGCGUCAUCCAGCUGAUCCUCUACUUUUCGUUCUACAAGUCGACCCCCAAGAAGGGCAAGAAUGUCGAGCUGCCCACCAUCGUCACUAAAAACGCAGUUACUAGUGGCAAAGUGUCUGUCACCAUCGAGAAAUAA